ACAAACUCGUGCUUUUUUACGUCGAAAAUGGCACCUCUGAAGAUCCUGCUCGCUCUCGCUACGUUCCUCUUCCUCUUCCGCUCGUUUGCAUGCGCCGUCGACGUCUCGCACGACGGCCGGGCCAUCACCAUCGAUGGCAAGAGGAGGGUCUUGCUCUCCGGCUCGAUCCACUACCCGCGGUCCACGGCUGAAAUGUGGCCCGAUUUGAUCAGGAAGGCGAAAGAAGGCGGGCUGGAUGCGAUCGAGACGUACGUCUUCUGGGACGUCCACGAGCCGGCCCGUCGCCAGUACGAUUUCGACGGGAACCUGGACCUCAUAAGGUUCCUGAAGACGGUGCAGGACGAGGGUCUCUAUGCGGUCCUCCGGAUCGGACCUUACGUCUGCGCGGAAUGGAAUUACGGAGGAUUCCCCGUAUGGUUGCACAAUAUGCCGGGCAUUAAGUUGCGAACUGCCAAUGAUGUUUUCAUGAACGAGAUGAAGAACUUCACGUCUUUGAUCGUGAACAUGGCGAAGCAAGAGAACCUUUUCGCAUCGCAGGGAGGACCCAUCAUCCUUGCUCAGAUUGAAAACGAGUACGGCAACGUGAUGUCCUCCUAUGGAGAUGCCGGGAAAGCUUAUAUCGAUUGGUGCGCGAACAUGGCCGUGUCGCAAGACAUCGGUGUCCCGUGGAUUAUGUGCCAACAAAGCGAUGCUCCGCAACCCAUGAUUAACACGUGUAAUGGUUGGUACUGCGACCAAUUCACUCCAAACAAUCCCGAUAGCCCUAAAAUGUGGACCGAAAAUUGGACCGGCUGGUUCAAGAGUUGGGGCGGGCUGGACCCGCACAGGACGGUGGAGGACUUGGCUUUCGCCGUCGCUAGGUUUUACCAGACCGGAGGCACAUUCCAAAAUUACUACAUGUAUCACGGCGGCACCAAUUUUGGUAGAACAGCCGGGGGUCCGUACAUCACGACCUCUUACGACUACGACGCGCCUCUCGAUGAAUACGGUAAUCUAAAUCAGCCGAAGUGGGGUCAUCUAAAGGAGCUUCACGAUAUGCUGCACUCGGUCGAGUACACUCUGACCAAUGGCAACAUCACCAACGUUGAUCUAGGCAACUCAGUCUAUGCCACGGUUUACGCGACGCCGCAGCAAACGACCUGCUUCCUGGGGAACACGAACGCGACUUCCGACGCCACCUUCGUCUUCCAGGGCAAGCAGUUCACGGUCCCCGCGUGGUCCGUCAGCAUCCUCCCCGAUUGCCAGAACGAAGGGUAUAACACCGCGAAGGUGAAUGCACAAACUUCGGUGAUGGUGAAGGAGCCAAACAAGGCUGAGAGCCAACCUGAGUCCUUGAGCUGGACGUGGAGGCCCGAGAUCGUGGAUGAUCAGGUUGUCCUCGGAAAGGGACAUGUCGCUGCUCAUCGGCUUGUCGACCAAAAAGAUGCUGCCAAUGGUGCUAGUGAUUAUUUGUGGUACAUGACCAGCGUUAACCUGAAAGACGAUGACCCGAUCUGGAGCGACAAUAUGACUCUCCGAGUGAAUUGCACUGGCCAGAUACUUCAUGCCUUCGUUAACGGACAAUCCAUUGGUUCUCAAUGGGCCCUGUAUGGAGAUUUCCACUACGUUUUCGAGCAGAAUGUUAAGUUGAAUCCGGGGAACAAUCUGAUCUCCUUGCUUAGCGUCACCGUUGGACUCCAGAAUUACGGUCCAAUGUUUGAUCUGGUCCAAAACGGGAUACCCGGUCCGGUGGAGAUCGUGGGAAGGAAAGGCGACGAGAGAGUGAUCAAGGACCUAUCGGGUCACGUGUGGUCCUACAAGGUCGGACUGCACGGCAUCAACAACAAGCUCUUCAGCGUCGACUCGGCCUCGGCCUCUAACUGGCAAAGCAAGGACCUUCCUACCAACCGGACCAUGACUUGGUACAAGACCACGUUCAAAGUUCCACUGGGGACGGACCCGGUGGCGGUGGACUUGCAAGGGCUGGGCAAGGGCGAGGCUUGGGUCAACGGCAAGAGCAUCGGCCGCUACUGGCCCAGCUACGAUGCUGGUUCAGAUGGCUGCAGCACCGACCCUUGUGACUACCGUGGCCCUUACGACAACAACAAGUGUGUCUCCAACUGCGGUCGCCCCACUCAAAGAUGGUACCAUGUCCCAAGAUCGUUCAUGGAGGAGGACGUGAACACGCUGGUGCUAUUCGAGGAGUUUGGCGGCAACCCGUCCCUGGUGAACUUCCAGACGGUCACCGUCGGAUCCGUCUGCGCCCACGCCUACGAGAAGAAGACCCUCGAGCUCGCGUGCCAGGACCGCCCCAUCUCCGCCGCCAAGUUCGCCAGCUUCGGCGACCCGCAAGGCGCAUGCGGGUCCUUUGCAAAGGGCAGCUGCGAAGGGAGCAACGACGCGAUGGCCGUCCUCCAAAAUGCUUGUGUUGGCAAGCAGAAUUGUUCCAUCGAUGUCUCCGAAAACACUUUCGGGCCGACGACUUGCGGAUCCAUUACCAAGAGGCUGGCGGUGGAGGUCACUUGCUAGCAUCUUCGUUUCACUCUUUUUCUUAGGAAUAAAUGUCAUCAUUAGUUUAGUCAAUCGUGUUAAACUUCCCUGCUUUCUUCCUUCUUGAUAAAGCAGGUUUAGUUUCUCUAUUAGGUUCUCGUCAAAAUUUCAAAA